AUGAAGCACGGAAUCGUGGAGAAUUGGGACUUGAUGGAAUCAAUCUGGAAGCACAUUUAUUCAAAAUCACAACUUGGUUUAGAUAGCCGUGAGCAUCCCGCUUUUCUGUCUCAAGCCGUUCUGAGCCCGAAGACACAAUCCGAGAAAAUUGCAGAGAUAUUCUUCGAAACAUUUGAGGUUCCCGCCCUCUAUAUCGCACCAGAACCGUUAUUAAGUCUGUUUGCGUCCGGACGCGGAACAGGCCUGGUUCUCGACAUUGGAGAAGGGGUAACAACGUAUUUCCCGGUUUACGACGGUUUUGCGAUCACCCCGCACAUCCGCCGUGUCGAUCUCGGAGGCCACGAAGUAACCAAAUACCUCCAGCUGCUUCUACGCAAAGCAGGCCACAUCUUCACCACCUCCAGCGAGCUCGAGGUGGUCCGCCAGAUCAAAGAAUCCUGUUCCGAAUGUGUCACUUCCGAGACGGGCGUUUCAUUGCAAGGAACGACGGUUGACUACGUUCUGCCCGACGGAAACGUGCUGAAGCUGGGAGCGGAGCGUUGGGAGUGUUGCGAGUCGCUGUUCCGUCCGCAGAACAUCGGUCAGGAAUCGUUCGGCGUGUCUCGCGACGUCUUCGACACGAUCAUGGCGUGCGAUUUGGAGCUUCGAAAAGAUCUUUUCUCGAACGUUCUGCUGUCUGGCGGCGUGACGCUGACGCGAAACUUUGCGAAGCGAGUGCUGGAUGACUUGAAGAAGAUCUCGCCGCCGAACACGACGCUGCGGCUGUUUGCGCCACCGGAACGAGCGCGAUCGGCGUGGGUGGGAGGCUGCGUGUUGGCGUCGCUGAGUCCGUUUAAUAGCAUGUGGAUUACGAAGGAGGAAUAUGGGAUGGAAGGAGCUAGUUGUAUUCAUAAGAAAGCAAUGUUGUUGUGUGUUUGUUUGGAAUUGGUGUGUGGAACAAGGAGGAAACAACAAGGCAAUCAUCAAUCAGAGAAACAAACUAACAAACAAACAAUUCAAUGA